CAGCAGCAGUAACAGCAGCAGCAACAUCAGCUGUUGAGCGGACUGCUGCUGCUGUUGGGGGUAGCAGCAGCAGCAUCAGCGGCAGACGGAGCAACAGGAGAGGUGGUGGCGAGACCUCCACCGGCGCAAGCAGCAGCAGCAGGGCCCCGCCAUGGUGGGCCACCUCGUGCUCCGCGAGAUGGACGCGCAGUUCGAGGCGAAGCGGCUCCACCGCGGCCGCGACGGCGGCCUCGACAGCCCCGACUCGGGGCUGCCCCCCAGCCCGAGCCCGCCGCUGCACUCCGCCAGCCCCGGCGCCUGGAGCCCCUCCACGGGGUCACGGGGACCCUCGGCAGCGUCCUCCGGCAGCAGCUGCGGGGCCGGGCUGCUCCAGCGGGCGGUGCCCGGGAGACAGAAGUCACUCGGCAGCGAGGCCCUGAGGACGCGCUCCUUCAGCGAGGGCGUGGAGGUGGAGCCACCGCCCAGCGUGCUGGAAGUGAGGUGCGUCUCCGAGCUCCAGGUGGGCUCCGCGCGGCGCUACCGCAGCGCCUUGCUCGCGUGGCCCGGCCUGGGCCGCCCCACGUCGCACGCGCAGACGCUGGUGCUCACGGCCGGCUCCACGUGGCGCCACCACCGCUCCGAGGUGCUCCUGGAGGCCCGGCCCACGGCGUGUCGGCGCUCCUACGCCGACACGCACUUCGUGUUCCCGGGCGGGGCCACGCGCCGCUCCUUCACCACCACGCUCACGUACGGCCCGGACCCCGCCGCCUCGCCGCGCCGCCGCUACCUCAGCUGCGUCCAGCUGCAGCCCGCGGCACGGCCGUGACCGCCGGCGCCGCCGCCGCCGCUCCCUGCCGGAGGUCGGGCGUGGAGGGAGCCGCUCCGCGCAGGGUGACGCUGGGCUACACGCGCUCGGCCCCGGGAGUCGAGGUUCCCCGUCGGCCGAUCCGGCACGGCGGUGCCGCGGCGGACGCUGUGCGAACGCACCCCGGCAGGGGUUGACCGGGAAGUGCCACACGCAGGGCAGCGCCAGCCGAAUCAUUAAAGCGGGUGGAGCUCGUAACGGAAGCAGUAGCAAGCGAGCGGUCGGUUAGUGAUGGGAAGAGUCUGAGGGGAGAGUCUUUUGAGUUUUGGGCUUCGUUUGCUACGACUUUGGUGUCAAAUCCAGUGUCAAAUUUAGUAGAAACUAAAAACGACUUCUACGAUGCAAAACACACGCUGAGAGCAACACGAAACCGCAGCGUUCGUGCAAAGGAACACGCUUCUGGGUGAAAAUGUAUUUCCAGUGUCCGAAAACCCUCCGGUUCGGAAUUCUCAUGGAUUCGGACCGUUACUGCGUCUCUAGUUUAGGCUCGAGUGUGGCUCGGACCGAGUUGGAGAAACGGCCGACGGCUGUGCACGCGCUCUGCGCACAAAACACAUCUAACGGCUUGGGUUUACUUAUUUAUUUUGUUAACGAGACAUCUCGGAGUUUUACGUCGCAGUUCAAAUUUGCCGUGCCCCCGACGCGAGCCCAAAACCCACCGCCAUCGAGUGGAACCGCGCUUUUGUGUCGUUUGUUUCGCUCGCUCGUUACCUGGCGGAAUCAUUAGCUUAACCUGGGACGUUAAGGUGUCAACGUUAACGUUGAACUGGAACUUUAACGUGUGCGCGUUGUUUUGUACUGUUUAUCUUAUAUUUCCAUGAUAUUCAUCUCAAAUAAUUCGUGGCCCCCGCCCCCGCGAGGCAUCAUGGGAUCCCAGAGCGAUCCGGCUGGGUUGGCUGUGGGCAAGCGGUCGGUGACGACAGAAGCGCGGAGAUUCAGAUGUCGGGCAAGGCCCAAGGAAGUUGCUUUACCACUGGGAAGACGGAUAUCUUGAGUGAAGAAUAAUGAACGGAGCGGUGUGUUAGGGUAGUGGUUGAGAGAGGUGUUGAUUGGUUGGUGGGAGGUUAGCGUUUUAGAUUUUUUGGAUGAAUGAGGUGGAGGAGGAGCAGAAGGAGGAGAGGCAGAAACGUGACCAAAUGAUCUGAGAUUCAGACAGUUUUUACGGGUGGCAUUGGCACUAACAUGUCUGUCACUCACCGUUCCCGGCAAAACUUUAAAAUCUUAAUAAGACGUUAUUAAGAUAUAUAGUUGUAGAUAAACCCCUCACUGACCUGGGGUUUUUCUUCCAUUUAUAAUUCGACUUUGUCUGUGGUGAUGAUGAUGCACAUUCAUCUUGUAUGAACCACUGUGACUUUAGCGCCUGUGUGCGACUCAAGUUUACAAUUAAAACAACUCAAAGCGAUCCUGCACACGGGGGUUUUAAUUCCCCCAGCGGAUCAAGCCUGGAAACGAUCCCGAAUCAUUCGCUGAGGAGCCAUAUUCGCAUCGCGACGGGAAUCGCCAAAACAACGCAACACAGCACCUUGGCGAUGAUUCCCCACGGCCGGUUGUGCAUCAGCACGGCACGGAUUUUGGACGCGCAAAAAAAUAAUUCGGACGCAAAUUAACGUUCGCCAAAAAAACACACGCAA